AAACCUUGUAUGUAUGAAUAACCUCUGAAAGUAAACGUUCAAAGUUGCAUAUUCUAAAAUUUACCAAAUUGACCCGUAUUCUAGACCGCCGCCGAUAACAACAAAUGUUUAACGUUAAGAUUAACACAAACAAAAAGUUUUUAAUAUCUAUAUUAUCUAUAAUAUUUAUUCCAAAAUGGACAAAUUAUUGAAAGGUAUUAUGAAGUACAGGUGUAAUGUUAAAGAGCAGAUGGUUAAACAGUUUUUACAAGUCAAGGAUAAUCCCACACCAAAGGCGGUGUUUUUCACGUGUAUCGACAGUCGAAUGAUACCGACAAGGUUUACACAGACGAAUGUUGGCGACAUGUUUGUCGUAAGAAAUGCUGGAAACAUAAUACCCCAUUCGCAACAUUUUAUGGAUGAAUUGACCACAAAUGAGCCAGCAGCUUUAGAACUCGGAUGCGUUGUUAACGAUAUAAGGCACAUUAUAGUGUGUGGACACAGCGACUGCAAAGCUAUCAAUUUAUUAUACAAAUUACAAGAUAGCGAAUUUGCAUCACAGGAUAAUAGAAGAAUAUCACCAUUAAGAGCUUGGCUGUGCACUCACGCCCUUUCCAGUUUGGAGAAAUUUCAACAGCUAGAAGUGACGGAUUACACUAAACCUUUGGUAUUUCAAGCUGAAACACCCCUCAGAAAAUUCGUAGCUUACAUAGAUCCUGAUAACAAGUUUAACUUAGAGGAUAAACUUUCGCAAAUUAACACUCUACAACAGUUACAAAACAUUGCGAGUUACGGCUUUUUGAAAAAAAGAUUGGAAAAGCACGAAUUACACAUACACGCUCUUUGGUUCGAUAUUUAUACAGGGGAAAUUUAUUAUUUUAGUAGAGGCGCCAAAAGAUUCGUUUUAGUCGAAGAAGAUAGUUUUGAAAAGUUGUUACAAGAAGUGAAGAAAUAUUAUUCAUAGAAAAAUUGUAGUUAUAAUCAACAGCUGAAAAAAGUUCCUACUUUUUUGUGUUACCAGUACAAUGUUAUUGAUGGACUUCACAUUAACAAAUACACGUGGAGAAAAUUAAAAAAGUUUUAAUGUUAAAGACAAUAUAUAACAUGACAAUUUUACUAUAACUAUAUGUAUUUUUUAUUUAUUAUAAUAUUUUAUGUACAAACAAAUUCUAUUUUAUUAAAUAAAAACAGAUUGAGUAACCAAUGACUUCAUGAAUUUUUGCGUGUCAACACCAUUUUCGCUUAUAUUGUGUUUUUUGAAAAACGAAUUCAACUCCGAAGAUGCUUCUUUUAAAUAAUCUACAUUAAGAGCAUUAUUUGUACAAAUAAAUAUUUCAUUUAGGUCUUCUUGUAAUUUGUAGCUAAAUAUUGACUGGAAACGGUCUUUUAAACCAUUUAAUACAACUGGCCUGAGCGAGUUGUCCCUCAGAACGACAUUCAAUAUGAAUAUGCCUAAAAAAAUAAAUAUCCUAAAGUUGAUUAUCCAAUUAAUUACUAUACAGGAUGAUUCAUUGAGAAUGACAAACUCUGAACUACAAAUACUAAACACCAAAAUAUGAAGUUUUACCCCAACAUGUCCUAUAAAAAUGUUGCUGGUUUAAGGGAAAAUUUUAUUUUAAAAUGUCUCAAUAACUUUAUAAUUUUUAACAGCAUUAAAUUUGGUAGUUUUAAGUUUUAUGACACGAGAAAUACGAAUUUAAAAAAGAGUAGGUACAUUUUUUACGGGCUUUCAGAUUUUUAACUUAUUUUAAUCACUAUUCACUGGAUAAAGAAGAUAUGAUAUAAUUUACUGAAGAAACAAGGUGCCACUAGCGCCCUCUUUGAGCAGUCACAAAAUAAAAUAUAAAUUCGUAUUUCUCACGUCAGAAAACUUAAAACUACCAAAUUUUAUGUUCGUGCCGUUAAAACUUAUAAAGUUAUUGAGACAUUUUAAAAUAAAAUUUUAGCUUUGAACACCCUAUAUAUCUCCUAAAGGCAUAUUGGGCUAAAUCUUCAAAUUUUGGUGUUUACUAUCUGUAGUUAAGAGAUUGCCUAUUCUAAAUUAAUAAUCAUGUAUAGUAUUGAUAUAAAUUGUUACAUACCAGUAUUUCCGAUGAGUUUAACAACACUGUCCAGAACUGUCUCUUCUAAAAACUGUUUUGGAGGACAACUCAUACCAAUAGAAGAGUCUUUACUGUCUACAUCAAAAAGUACAGCCUCUAAUGCACCUCCUAAAACAAGGUUUUAAUGAAUAGAUACAUAAUAAAUCACGAGAUCAAUUAAAAAAAAAUACAAUUGAAAUUUUAUAUAAGAUAUGAGUAAUUCCAUGAAUACAAGGAUCAUGUUGAAAGAUUUUAUACAAUAUGUUAACUUUUCAGUCCUGACUCCAGGAGAACGGUAUAGAAACACAAUGCUAUUGAAUAGAGAAAAAUGCUUGCAAUCGAAAGGGCUUGGUUAAACCAAUUAAUCUCUUUAUCGCAAAUAUAAUAAAGCGUCUCAUCUUUAUUUUGCCUGAUUAACAUGGUUAACAUAUUGUAUACUUAAAAACUAUACAAGUACGAACGGUCGACUUUUUGUCUUCACAUGGCAUUAAAUAAUUAUCAUCUUCUUUAUUCGCCUAAUUUGGCACCUUUGUAAUCUUUUUUGUUCUAUAAAGUCACAUUGUAUUGUUGUAUAGGUCACUCAGCAAUAGUUGUUAUAAAUGUUUUGUUUCAGCAGUUGGAUUGAAAAAAAUGUAUGUGAUAAGUCUCAAAUAGUUAUUGAUUCUGGAGAAUUUAAUAUUGACCUGUUGACUAAAAACAUAGCACGAAAUUAAAGAAUAUUUUGGUUGAUAAGGGAGUAAAAAAUAUUGUAGCGAAAUAUACAAGAACAAAUAGAAAUGGUGGAAGUACACUAAUAAUAGACUUAGUUAUAACAAAUAACGAUUCAGUCUCAGUUGAGGUUAUCAAAACCACAGAGAAGAGAACAAUACAGAAAAGAAACAUAGGGCUAGUUCCACCACAGAUAUACUCUGAGAAAACGUAACUAUUCACAGUACAACUAGCUGUGGUGUACUGUAAAUAGUUACGUUUUCUCAGAGUAUAUCUGUAGUAGCCAUAUGUUUCUUUUCUGUAUUGUUUCUCUCUUCUGUGUCAAAACACCAAGAAUUUCAGAUCAAUUUAUGCUUUUAAUAAUGUGCUAGAGGUAAGGACUUAAAUUUUGAUUUAUUAAAUAACAAAUUUUCAACAUUAGCAUAUAACUAUUGUAUUUAUGACAUUAAUGCAA